AUGGACGGAGUUAAUAAUGGACAACUGCAGACUAAGUAUCAAAAAGUAGUCUCAGAAUAUUCAAAGAUACGUGCUCAGGCUAGUGUUCUUAAAAAGGCUGUGAUUGAUGAGCAGGCACGCAGUAGCGAGCUUAAAGAUCAGUUAAAAGAGAAAGAUGUUUCGUUGAGACGUGCAGAACAGGAAUUAGAUAGUUUAAUUUUUCGUAAUCAGCAACUGACAAAAAGAGUGACCGUUUUACAAGAUGAACUCGAUAAAAUGCAAAAUAAAUUGAAAAAAGGUAAAAGUAAAUCAUCUUCGGAAAAUAAAGAUCAGCCAGCACCACCACCACCUAAUCAUGUUUAUGUUGAAGAAUUUCAAAAAAAAAUAGUAGAAAAUGCUCAACUUCAAUCAGUUAUUUCUGAUAAAGAAAAUGAAAUUGAUGAACUUAGUGAUCGGAUAAAACAUCUUGAAUACAAGCUUGAUUUAUCUGAAAAAUCUAGAAUUGAAUUAGAUAGUAAAUAUCAAGAAAAAAUUGAUAAAUUAGAACGAGAUAAAAAUGAAAUAUUAAAAAAAUUAAACGAUCGUCAAAAGCACGAUGAAACUGUGUCGUGGUCAAGUAUAGAAGGGAAAUGGGGUUACGAUUCUGAAUUAAAAACGAAUUUAGUAAAUCAUCGUCAAACAGAUCAUUCACCUUUUUCGUCACCAUCUGUUUCUCGUCGAUCAUCAAAAUCAGCUAGUGAUAUAAGAUUUCAAAAAACACCUGAAUAUCAAGAUGAAUCUAACAAUGAAUUUGAAUACUCUAAAAUUUAUGAAUUAGAAAAAGAAUUAAGCCAAUAUAAAAUUGAUUAUCAUAUUUUGAAACAUAAGUAUGACGAAUUACACCAGAAAAAUAGUUUUGUUACACAGCAGUCUGAUACAAAUACUUUAGAGCCAGUUGAAAUCAGCAACAUGAUUGGGAGCUUGAAAGCUCCAUUUGCUUUGCCAGAUGAAGUUGAAGCUCGUGAAGCUAAAAUAAAAGAUUUUUACCUACGUGAAAUUGAUAAGCUAAUAACAGAAAAACAAAUUUAUCAUGCUAAAAAUCUUGCCAUAUCUGCCACUAACCAAGUAAUGAGUGUUCAUUUAGAUACAAGUGAAGAAAAACGUAAAAAAUGUGAAACAGCUUUACUAGAAGCUCUAUCAAAUUGGUCUAGUUCCCAAGAAGAUAAAGAAGUUCAAGAAGGAAGUUAUUCUACUCAACUAAGUACAAUGACAGAACAUCUUGCUAAUAUGAAUGAAAAACUUAUUCAACAAACUGAAGAAAUUCAGCAACUGAAAUACGAACUAAGCAAUAAAAAUGGAAAAAAAGGAAAGCAAAAAUAG